AAAAAAAAUACUCGUAAUUACUUUUUACUUCCGGGUUGCACGACGUUAGCAUUUAAUUUAUCAAGCUAAUAUGAGCUAGCCGCAUUUUUUUGUUAAGGCCAUUAGUUUAUCCAAGAAGAAACGGGAGCUCCUUCGUCGUGAAACUUCAUAACAACUGCUCGGUCGUUUUAACUCUGUGACCAGAAUGCACGGACAAUGAUAAUGACGUCUCAAACAAGGAGUGUGGAUGGGAAACUACCUGCCAAAAGCUAACUGCAAUUACAAAUCAUCCAUUGGCAACUCAUUCACCACAUAACUCAUCAUGUCCUUACCAAAGGACUCGGGGAACCGAGGUAAAGAGCGAGAGAGGGGAGCCCGUCCGAAGGUGAGACAAAGCCGGUCAGAGGAGAGACGAGAGCCAGGCAGUCGACGGAAAGGUGUGAAGGGGAAGAAAAAAGGCCUCGCUUCCCAUGAACCAGCAGCCGAGAGGCCGGUCAGCGAUGGCUUUGAGUACGGUGAGCUGUUGAGCGACCUCGAGUCCAGGGACCAAUCUUCCUCCUCACCUUUGAAGGAGAGUUGGCGAUGGCAGGGGUUGGAAGCCGCGGCCUCAUUUCUCGGACAAGAGCGGGUCACGUCCAGGCCGGGACUGGGAACCGGUGGCUCUGCUACAGAGACACCUGCACCCGGUGAAGGUGAGAGCAGAGGGUCGAGCAGCAGUCGUACUCUCCGGCAAAAAAUCCAAGAUGCAAUGGGGCAGUGUUUCCCAAUAAAGACGCACAGCGCGACGGCACCGGCGCCGUCUCCACAGGCUCUUCCCUCGACUGCCUGUGCCUCCUCGAGGCGCAAGAUCCACCUCAGCGAGUUGAUGUUGGACGACUGCCCCUUCCCUGUAGGAUCGGAGCUGGCUCAGAAGUGGAAUCUCAUUAAGCAACACACGGCCCCCAUUACCCAGCCUCCCUUGCUUGAUUCCCCAGUGGUGUGCAUUGCACCUACGCCAGCCAUGCCUACUGUGGUGGAGGACGUAGAUGACAGGUUGCGAGAGCGCAGGCGCAUCAGCAUUGAACAAGGUGUCGAGCCACCACCCAAUGCAGAGAUCCACACAUUCGAGGUGACGGCCCAAAUCAACCCCCUCUACAAGCACGGCCCCAAGCUGGCUCACGGUAUGAACGAGUUGGCCGGGGCCGACAGAGCCUCCGUUCAGCAGCAGCAGCAGCUGCUCCUCCAAAGACAGCAGCAGCACCACCAGCUCCUUCUACAGAGCUGUUUGGACACUCUGGAUGAGGUGGUGGCCUCGGCCUCCGCCUCCGUCCCCGCCUGUGAUAAUACAACCCCCGACCCCGUGGUUGACCCAGAGGUUACAGCGACCAACGUGCCCGCCAGCGCCGUACUUCCUCCGGCUGAGGAUCACAAAUCUCACGACGGCUACCGCAUUCACACACAGAUCGAUUACAUUCACUGUUUAGUUCCCGACCUGCUGCAGAUCACCAACCUGCCGUGUUACUGGGGGGUGAUGGACCGCUAUGAGGCAGAGACGCUGUUGGAGGGGAAGCCCGAAGGCACCUUCCUCCUGCGUGACUCUGCCCAGGAAGACUACCUCUUCUCCGUUAGCUUCCGCCGCUACGGCCGCUCGCUACACGCGCGCAUUGAACAGUGGAACCACAAUUUCAGCUUCGACGUGCACGACCCCAGUGUCUUCCACGCUCCCACAGUCACGGGAUUGCUGGAGCACUACAAGGACCCCAACUCCUGCAUGUUCUUCGAGCCCUUGCUGUCCAACCCCAUCCAUCGCGCACAGCCCUUCAGCCUGCAGCACGUCUGCCGAGCGGCCAUAAGCAGCUGCACCACCUACGACGGCAUUAACGUGCUUCCCAUUCCAAAUACUUUGAAAAAGCACCUGAAAGAAUACCACUAUAAACAGAGAGUACGUGUACGGCGAAUGGACACCUGGUGGGAAUGAAGAACAACAACAAAAACAGAUUAAGAGAAACUACUAAACACAUUUUUAACGCUCCCCGAACUGACUGACUCUUGUUCCUCACUCUAUCUGGCUGUGUUAACCUACACUGCAAUAUAGUUAUUUAUUUUAUGUCUUAACAAUUGUACUAACCUACACUGAUGAGACAAUAUGUAAUCUCACUGAUCUUGCACACUUUAAAGUUCUUUAUGCUCAAAUUAAACAAAGUUAUUUAGA